AGGAUAUUAAAUGCACGAAGUUGGAUUGACGUGGGAUCUCAAUUCCUUCACGCAGCUUCUUCUCACUCUCCUCUUCCUCUCCUUCGGUCUCCUCUUCUUUCUCAAACGCACCGCCGCUAAGUACUUCGACCUCGGCGGCCACACCGACCUCCGCCGAGAUUUCAUGGUUCCCGACACGUCUGAUGAAUGCUCUGUCUGUCGGAAGCUCACCACCAAGAAGUGCUCUCGCUGCAAAUCCGUUCGAUACUGCUCUGCGGAGUGCCAAAAGUCAGACUGGAACUCGGGGCAUAAACUAAAAUGCAAGGUGUUUAAGAGUACUGACUCUCUCUUUGGGAAUAGCUCUGCGUCGAAGUCUGCAUUGUCUCCUAAGCUGAGCCAAAUCAAGGCUAUCAUCAAGCCAGGAGACGUUCUUUUCCCAUACGAAACUUUUGUUCAGUAUUUCAACUGGGACAAACCUAAUUUGGCUCCUUGUGGCCUCACCAAUUGUGGAAACAGUUGUUUCGCUAAUGUGGUUCUACAAUGCCUUUCCUGGACACGCCCUCUUGUUGCGUACCUACUAGAGAGAGGCCACAAGAGAGAAUGUAGGCGCAAUGAUUGGUGCUUUCUCUGUGAGUUCGAAACUCAUCUCGAAAGAGCAAACAUAAGCAGGUUUCCUUUUUCACCAAUGAACAUUAUUUCGCGGUUACCUAACAUUGGUGGAAAUCUUGGGUAUGGGAGACAGGAAGAUGCUCAUGAGUUGAUGAGGUUUGUAAUUGACAUGAUGCAAUCUGUUUGCCUUGACGAGUUUGGUGGAGAAAAGGUGGUGCCUCCUCGUGCUCAAGAAACAACCCUUAUUCAAUACAUAUUUGGCGGUCUCCUUCAGUCACAGGUCCAGUGUACUGUUUGCAGUAAUGUUUCUGACCAAUACGAAAACAUGAUGGAUUUAACCGUUGAGAUCCACGGGGAUGCGGUAUCAUUAGGGCAGUGUCUCGAUCAGUUCACAGCUAAAGAAUGGCUUCAGGGAGAUAACCUUUACAAAUGUGAUAGAUGCAAUGACUACGUGAAGGCAUGUAAGCGCCUUUCAAUUCGUUCUGCUCCUAAUAUACUUACAGUUACCUUAAAAAGAUUCCAGGGUGGAAGGUUUGGUAAACUGAACAAAAGAAUUAGUUUUCCGGAGACAUUUGAUCUUGGCCCUUACAUGAGCUGUGGAGGAGAAGGAUCAGAUGUAUACAAACUCUACGCUGUGAUUGUCCAUUUAGAUAUGUUGAAUGCCUCAUUCUUCGGCCACUACAUUUGCUACGUUAAGGACUUCCGAGGAGACUGGUAUAGAAUAGACGAUUCUGAGGUGGAAAAAGUUGAGCUAGAAGAUGUCCUUUCUCAACGAGCUUACAUGCUUCUCUACAGCAGGGUUCAGGCCAGACCAUCAACUCUUAGAUCCGAAGAAGUUCAGGAUGAGAAGAAAACAGAUACAGUGAACAAAGAAUCUCGCCAAGAUGGCUCUGUUGAGAGUUCCGGGGUGGGAACAUGUGACACCAGUGUGUCCUCGAUGUGUAACGGCAUCAUCUCACAUUCUGGGGACCCUGAAUGCAAUAAAGAAUCACCAUCGUCAUCCGUGUCACCAUCCGUAACUGUCUCUGAAGUUACUGAAAGGGUUGAUACGAUAGAUUCUGAUUCAACCCCUUUUGUUGACAUGGAACAUGAUCAUCAAGAAGAAGCAGCAACAAAUGGGAAAGAAGAUCCAACCGUUGUAAAUCCGGCUGUUGUUUCUCCUUGUUCGGACAUUAUUACUUCAUCUCUGUCUGCUACUACAGAGUCCAAACACCGGGAGAAGGAAGAUUCAGACACUGAGAUGAUUGAUAAUGCUCAAUGAAUCCAAAAGCAUGGUGAAGAUCAACAAGGGAGCUUCUAACUUAACAAUAUUGCUGGCAAAUUUGUUUUAGAUGCUGCAGACUUCUGGUGCCUGAAGGAUACUUAGUCAUGUGUGAGAUAGAAACUUCAGGAUAAGUUAUUCUUUUGACUUUUAUUUGUCUGUUAAAAUAUAUUUUACCAUUGAACCCAAAAACCCUUAUAGCAAGAAGAUUAAUGGAGGAAAAACACUGAUGAGUCUGAUGACUUUUGUGCUUAUUUUGGUUUGGAAAAUACAGAAAUCAAAAUCAAUUUGAUUGUUUG